GCCUUGUAGAGAGCCCUCCAGUCCGCAGCCCCCUUCAUCUGGGCCCGCCCCUCGCGACGAGCUCACGGGGAGGGGCCGAGGCGAAACCCGAGCCCGGCGCCCACCACCCCGGCUGGCGACGUGGCUCUGCGGCCCCGGCCUCCUCCGGCGGCGCCGUGUCCAAUGGGCGCGUGAGUGGGGCGGCCCGAGCCUCCCCGCUCCAGCCGGUCGCGCCCCUCGCUGGGGAGGGGACAGCGGCUGAGGCUCUGCAAGCCCCUACUGCCCUGCCGCCUCCCUGGGCUCGCGACCAUGGCGCGCGGCGGCCGCCUGGGACUCGCCGUGGGGCUGCUGCUGGCACUUGCGCUGGCGCUGCAGGCCAAGCCCACGGUGCGCAAGGAGCGCGUGGUGCGGCCCGAUUCCGAGCUGGGCGAGCGGCCGCCCGAGGACAACCAGAGCUUCCAGUACGAUCACGAGGCCUUCCUGGGCAAGGAGGACUCCAAGACCUUCGAUCAGCUAAGCCCGGACGAGAGCAAGGAGAGGCUGGGGAAAAUUGUUGAUCGAAUUGACAGUGAUGGAGACGGCUUUGUUAGUACUGAGGAGCUGAAAGUUUGGAUAAAACGGGUACAGAAAAGAUACAUCUAUGACAAUGUCGCUAAAGUCUGGAAGGAUUAUGAUAGAGACAAAGAUGAAAAGAUCUCCUGGGAAGAAUACAAGCAGGCCACCUAUGGCUACUACCUAGGAAACCCCACUGAAUUCCAGGAUAGUUCUGAUCACCAUACCUUUAAAAAGAUGCUGCCACGUGAUGAGAGAAGGUUUAAGGCUUCGGACCUUGACGGCGACCUGACAGCUACUCGGGAGGAGUUCACUGCCUUUCUGCACCCAGAGGAGUUUGAACACAUGAAGGAAAUUGUAGUUUUGGAAACGCUGGAGGACAUCGACAAGAACGGAGACGGUUUUGUGGACCAGGACGAAUACAUCGCGGACAUGUUUUCCCACGAGGACAACGGUCCUGAACCAGACUGGGUUUUGUCAGAACGGGAGCAGUUCAAUGACUUCCGGGAUCUGAACAAGGAUGGGAAGCUGGACAAGGAUGAGAUUCGCCACUGGAUCCUCCCUCAGGAUUAUGACCAUGCGCAGGCCGAGGCCCGGCAUCUGGUCUACGAGUCAGACAAAAACAAGGACGAGAUGCUAACCAAGGAGGAGAUUCUAGACAAGUGGAACAUGUUUGUGGGGAGCCAGGCUACCAAUUACGGAGAAGAUCUCACAAAAAAUCACGACGAGCUGUGAAGGGCGCUCAUCCUGAUGCCGACUGUCACAGGCUUCCGUCAGGGGUUCUGGGGGGCGAUGGGGGGUUGCUGUAGGUGUCAGGUGUAGAGCCGCGGUAUCCCUAAACGGUGAGAUUAUACCUCAGAUUGGGGUAGGAGUUGUUUUUCGCUCCGUAUUUACUGGAAAAUAGCCUUUGCUAUUUGUACCAGUGGGGUUGCCCCCGAAGCACAUUAAACUCUUGACAAAUUGCAAGUCUCUGAGGGGAUACAUUGCUAUAAUGUGAUUUCUUAGUCUCCUCUCCCCCACUUAAAUUUAAAGGAAGGGGGAAGAAAUCAUGAAAGGGUUCUGUAACGGAAGGAGGGUGGGUGGGUGGGACACAGUGUUAAGAGUUGACUGCUAUGCAUUUGAGCUAUUAGAUUUUUUCUUUCUUUCUUUCUUUUUUUAGUUGCCACUGUUAAACGGUGGCGAAGAAAAAUGAUGAAGGAGUGAAUGUUGUAUUGUCCUAGGUUAGCUGAAGCAGGCAUGGUAUUUCAAAUUCUUUAUAUUUUGAGCUGUUACUGUAAAUGGUGUAUAAAUUUUUGUGUGUUUUCCUGUAUGGACCUGCUAAUGUACACAAUAAACCCACAUCUUUUUUUUUUUUUUUAACCAAGAAACAAUCAAAAAAAAGAUAAUGUGAAUGAAAAAAAGGAAUUUUAGGGAUGGUAAAAAGAUGAAUGCCAGGUAUUUGAAAAACUGUAUGACCAUGCUCAACACUUUAAAUAUACUUGAGAAUUUUUUUUUUUUUUACAAGUUAAUGACGUGGGUCCGGUUUUUGAAAUAGUGAAUAGAAAUAACAGUCCUUUCCUGAAUGUGAGGAGUGCGAGGCUAUAGAGGGCUAGGGAUCCAGAUGUAGUGGAGUUGAUUGUUUGAGCCUGCUUCCAGCACAGUGUAUGCCAAAAACACAGGGCAAGGUCGUCAUCUAAGCUGGUUUAACAAGUACAGGUGAAAUUCCACCUCAGGCGAGUCCCUGGGGAUCAGUUUGUUUGGGGACAGGGGCUCUACCGAUUACCAGUAUUUCCAUGUCCGCUGAUAGGUGAAUGGAAUAAAGGAUACCUUGAGGAUUU